CAAAGAAGUCCCGAGUACCUCCCUAAAAGUUUUUCAAACAUCACAUUUGGCCGACUGUUAAGUGCACACUCUGACAUUCUUCCCCGGAUUUAUCAACAUCUGGACGCUUCAUGUUUUCCCCUUUGUGUGAUUUUGGGAUCGGAAUUGGAAAAAGCCUUACUUAAAACGAAAGCAUGUCUUCUUGUGGCGACUGGAGGGAUGAGGCGCUGGUGACGGACAGAAAGGAGGGAAGAGGUCACCUCAUGAGCUACCAUCACAUUUGUAGGGAGGAGGAGGAGGUCUUCCACAAACUAAAACCUAUCAAAUCGGAGCCAUCAGGACGAGGGAGCUCUGCGUCUUUGACAUCCAACCACAUGAAGAAGAAGAUGACGCAACGGCAGCUCAGUCCAGCAGUCUGCUCGUUGAGAAAGCACCAAACCAGCCGUAAGCCUCGCACACCGUUCACCACCAUGCAGCUGCUGGCCUUGGAAAGAAAGUUUUAUCAGAAGCAGUACCUGUCCAUCACAGAACGAGCUGAAUUCUCCUCCUCCCUGAUGCUGUCUGAGACCCAGGUCAAAAUCUGGUUCCAAAACCGACGAGCCAAAGCCAAGAGGCUCCAGGAGUUAGACAAACUCAAAAUAAUCGGCCUCAAAGCUCUCUUCAACCCCGGCUUCUCCUUCUUCGGUUUCCCACUAAGUGUAAACCUGCAGGCUGGACCAGCUGCACCCUUCCCCCUUCUUCCUGCUUCACAUCUGGCCAUGUACGCCUCCCAGGUCGGCCUGUUCCAUCUCACCUGAGAGGAAGCAGUGUUGUUCAUCGUGCUGUUGAUUUGAACGUGUCAUCAAAAGAAGAGGGAGGGUGGCUAACAGUGAUGUGAGACUGUAGGAGAUACAAAUGAAACAAACAAAAACAUGUUACCUGAUGAAGACAAUUUGGUUGAAACACUGGGAUUAUAAAGAUAAACUUUUUUGUAACAACAGCUCAAGAAACAGGAAUAUAAUUAUCAAAAAUAACAAGAAGUUAAAAAUCAAACAUAUAAAGGCCUACAUCAGUUAAAUAAAGGGAGAAAAAAUACAAUAAUAGAAUAAUACAAGGUAUGUACACUUCCACUUGUGGAAAGAGUUAUUGUUAUUAAAAUCACACAGUGUGUAGCAUUAUUGAUAUGAGUCAUGAGGUGGUGAUGCUGUUAAAGAGUCUGAUUAUGAAUCCUUUACUGCCUAUAAAACAUUUUGUGGUGUGAGUUAUUGUGCGGCCAUGUCUAGUUUUUCCAGUCCAUGUUGCUUUUGAAACUGUUGUUUUUGA